CGAAACUCCGGGUUAGCGGCCAUGGAGCUCGUUGGCUGACAGGGCUGUGAACAGCCUGCUUCCCGCUCUCUCCAACUCCGCCUCGGAAUAGCCGGUCCUUCCCCGGGGAGCCCGUUCCUCCCCGGGCCCCUGAGCCAUGCCCAUCGCGGCCGCCCGGGACGAGCCAGGUAUACAUUAAUUAUUUGAAAGCAGUUAAACAAUGGAGCCAGAUAUCAUUCGAAUGUACUCUUCCUCCCCACCACCACUGGACAAUGGAGCUGAGGACGAUGAUGAUGAUGAAUUUGGGGAAUUUGGUGGGUUUUCAGAAGUUAGCCCUUCUGGUGUAGGAUUUGUUGAUUUUGACGCACCAGAUUAUCCUCGUCCCAAGGAAGAGUUUGUACCUGCAAACCAUUUUAUGCCAAUUCAUGAUUUCUCAGAAAAUGUAGGUAGCCUCACAAGCUUUAAACCCUUGAAACACGGCAAUGAGGAGACUGGCACUACUGAACUUACACCUGUGAAAGGGCAGGCCGGUGUUUUACUUUCUGCCACCAGCAAAGAAAUAGUUUCCCCUCAAACUUUAGAUACUUCUAUUGAUGGCAUGAAAAUUCCCCGAGAUUUGAAUACAGCACUGGAGCAGGCGCAGAAUGUUGGAACACCUGGAGGUUUCUCCCCAGGAGAUUUUAGAACUGAUUUAACUGUGGUUCAUCAAAACCAGCAGUCAGAGAGCUGCAACGGUGAAAAGCCUCCUUGUCUGGAGAUCCUAACAAAUGGAUUUGCAGUAUUGGAAACUGUCAAUCCUCAGGGAACAGAGGAUCUGGACACUGUAGCUGACUCAGAGGGCCUAACGCCUCGGAGCACUGAGUAUAACUUAGACUCUGCACCUAGCCCUGCUGAGGAAUUUGCAGAUUUUGCCACUUUUUCCAAAAAGGAAAGGAUCCAGCUAGACGAAAAAGGAUGUACAGUUUUAAAAGAUAGAGAAGCACUAACGAUUCAGGAAAACAAUAAAAUUAACAGAGUCAAUGAACUGAAUUCCAUAAAAGACCUGUCCUUGGACCGAAGCUCUGACAACCAAGGAGACACUGACAGCAAGGAUCAGGUUGGCAUUUCUGAAGUAAGCAUAGAGAGUAGCAGAGGUUUCAGUACUGAGGAGCAAGGUCCUGAUGCCCUGCAACAAGAUGCCUUGUUACAUUCAAGUGCUCAAUCACAUGCUCGGAGUUUGGCAGCCACAGAGGAUCACUCAGAAGCCAGUAGGAGAGAACAGUGGCAAACCGAGGGAAAACUGGAUGUAUUUACUCCUAAAAGUGCCGACUACCUAUGCAUGGAUUACAUUAAAACUAAUGAUGCCGCCAAUGAAGUUGGUUCUCCCAAAGAAGAAAUGACCAAGUUUACCAAGCCUCAAAGCCCCAGCAUUCUUCCCACAGAAGAAAACGUUAUGAAUGAUUCUCAAAGUCUAAAAAAUGGUGACGGUAGGAACGACUCUGUGACUGGUAGCGAUACAAAUGAGGAUGAUUUUGGUGCCUUUGGCACAGCCUGUGGCACAACUCCACCGUUUGCUACUGGCACUCAAGAAUCGAUGAGUGAUGUCACUUUUGAGGAGUCCUCAGAACACGUUCCACAUUUUAGUGAACCAGUUGAUGACUUUGGAGAAUUUGGGGAUACUAAUACUGUUUCUUGCCAAGAAGUGACACUCACCGAGUCAGACUCGAAACCUACUUCUGAUGGCUUAUCAGAGGGAUGUCAGCUGGCCAGCAAGUCUUCUGGGACAGGCAUUCAGCCUGUUUCAAAACUGAAAAGGGGGCAAGAAGGUGAAUUUGGAGAUUUUGAUUCUGUGCCAAAUAGUCAGAAUGACUCCAGUGGUUUUCAGGACGCUGAUGAUUUUGCAGACUUCAGCUCAGCUGGUCCCUGUCAGGUGGCAGAUUGGGAUGCUUUUGAGGAGGGGCAGAAAGAGAAUUGCUCAUGGGCUGCCUUUGGAGACCAUCAGGCUGCUGAAUCUCAUCAUCGAAAGGAGGCCUGGCAGUCGCAUAGGACAGAUGAAAAUGUUGAUGCUCCAGGUACCCCCACAACUCACAGAGUCCCAGUAGCAGCUUCCAGAGGAGCCGUUGCUGCUGGCCAUUUUCAGGAAUCCAGCACUGCAGUUCAGACAGCUUUACUAAACCGUCUGGAGCGAAUUUUCGAAGCAUGUUUUCCUUCUGUACUUGUCCCUGCUGCUGAAGAGGAAGUUACCUCUCUGAAGCACUUGCUGGAAACAAGCACCUUGCCGGUCAAAGCAGCGAGAGAGGCCUUAGCUGACAGUGGGGAACUGCUGGAUGUGUGGACGGAACUUCAGGACAUCCAUGAUGCACAUGGCUUGCGCUAUCAGUGGGGCGGCUCCCAUAGCAACAAGAAGCUUUUGUGCUCCUUGGGAAUAGACACCCGGAAUAUUCUCUUCACGGGCAACAAGAAGCAGCCUGUCAUAGUACCCAUGUAUGCAGCAGGAUUGGGUAUGUUAGAGCCCACCAAGGAACCAUUGAAGCCACUCUCUGCUGCAGAAAAAAUCGCUUCUAUCGGUCAGACAAGCACCAUGGCACCAGAGAUGAACACAUGUACAUCUGACCAAUUCCAGGAGUCUCUCCCACCCGUCCAGUUUGACUGGAGUAGCAGCGGCCUUACUAACCCUUUAGAUGCUAGUGGAGGUUCCACUCUUCUGAACCUUGAUUUCUUUGGGCCCAUGGAUGACAGUAGCUCUGGCAGCACCACCACAAUCCCAGGUGUGGAUCCCGAGUUGUAUGAGUUAACAACCUCUAAGCUGGAACUCUCCACCUCAAGCCUCAAAGUGACUGACACGUUGGCCCGACUCAUGUCCACAGUAGAGAAGACAAGCACAUCGACCAGGAAACCUAAGCGAGAAGAGCACUUGAGUGAAGAAGCCAUCCAGGUGAUCGCCAGCCUUCCGGACUUAACGUUCAUGCAUGCCAAGGUGUUGAUGUUCCCAGCCACCUUAACUCCUUCCCCGAGCUCCCAGGAGAAGGCAGACUGAGAGCCCAGCUGCGGGAUCAGGCAGUUCCCACGGAUUCUCCUGUCCUUCGACCCUGCCCCUGUUCUAAUAAAACAAAACACAAGGUCAGCUGGUUUGUGGGUAAGCCGCACUAAAAAGGUAUACAUAGUCAUGUAUAUUUAUUUACAUACUGAAGUCCUAAAUUUAUAUUAGAAAAAAGUGUAAAUAAUCAGGGGUGAACAUUUUUGAAGAUUUAUUCUUUUUGUGUUGCCGGGGUGCACACAUUUCCGUCUUUGUGAAAUGCACUGGUGACGUCCUUCUUACAAAACGUUUGAAAUAAAAAAUUUUAAAAAAAGAAAAUCAAAAACUCCAAUCUCCACUGUCUGUGAAAUCCCCUUCAUCUUUUCAGAUUGCAUUGUGGGCCCUAUUAAUUUCUCAUCGCUUCUCUUGAGCAUUUUGUUUUCAUCAGUAAGUUCCAAAGUCCCUGUUCAAAUUGUUUGCUUUUUAAAUUUUGUGUGUUCUGGGUUUGUUUCAGGUCUGCUUUUUGUUACCAUUAGGAGUGGGCGGGGGGCGCUUUUUUAAUCGUUUCGAUAUGGCAUAUUGCUGCUGGAUCUCUGACGGGGCCCUUCUGUCCAUCGCUCCUUGGUGGUAGUGUAUGGAUCAUUGUCAGAACUCGAUUGGAGGGGCUUAAAGAGAUUGUGUCUGUUUUCAAUUUGUUUGUUUGUUUGUUUUUUAAUUAGUUUGAUUUGGAGAAGGACCAAAUUAUAUGAAUGUCUUACCAUGAAAAUUCAUUUGUUAGCUGAUUUUUUCCUUUUGUUGUUGUUGUUCUAUUGUACUACUAUCUUUUGAGGAUUUUGCACAAUGUAAAAUGACAUAAUCAUAGAUUGCUAUGGUUUAGGCUGUAUAUACAGUAAAAACUCUGGGUUUUAAAUGUUUGGGGAAAUUCCUAUGGAAAAAAGAGAGACAUGUAGAAGAACCUCUAACCGGGUUAAUGUGCAUGCCAAGGUCUUUUGAGAUUUCAGUGUGUAAAUUUCCUUUUAGCUUAUACAAAAAUAAAAUAAUUUAAAAGAAAUGUA